AAAACCUGAAUCCAUAGCAUCCGUUGUAGCAAAUGUUGCAAUUUUGGUCCUCAAACAAACCGAGUCUACCAGACUAUCAGGUGUGAAAACACUCCCAUUCUUGUGCAGUAGUUAAUAUAUUAAAUAUCUUUUGUUCAGUGUUCUCAGAAUAUUGAGAUGUGCUGUACAACCAGUAUGACAGGAUGAAUGUUUUUGUCUUUAGCAACAGUUAAUGCCCAAGGCUUGAGCUUGCAUUGCAGCUGUGCUAAGUUCAGUUUACUCAAUGACACUAACAAGUUCAUUUUGGGAUUGUGAAACAAAAUCUUAAAGUUAACUUGAUACAGCCAAACUGCACAUUGGUUUGAUGCCUGAAAUACUGAAGUUUUAGUUUAUGACUGCUUAACAUGAACAUGAAGGAGAAAACAAAUCUAGAGAAAUACUGGAAGUUGGAGGUGGGGCAACACCAGGGAGGAGGUUGAAAUAGACUCACUAAAGUGAAACCGUGUCAGCAAAGCCGCAGACCAGACAACCCGUCUCAGCAACUGAAUCAUACAGUGGUGAGUACAACCCCUGAUAGUUACUGAAUUUCAACAAGUUGUGCUAGCACAGCAUUCAACAGCAAGUUUCAUGAAGCUCUGAUGAAGCUAUUUCCAGUGUUAAAUAGGAAAAGAGUGUGACUGGACAGGUCUCUAGUCCAUCACCAGACAACAGAGAUGCAGGACAGACAACCAUGUACGCACCAAUACCUGAGGACAGUUUAGGGAGACCAGUUAAACCAGUCACGUUUUAGACCUGUGAGAGAAAGCUGGAGUACCCAGAGGAACUCGGACAUGGAGGGAGAACAUGGAAACUCCAGGUGGAAAGGUUGGAAUUUGAACCCACAACCUUCUUGUUGCCAGACAACAACAGUGGUUCUACUGAAAAAUAAUAAUUCAGAUUGAAUUUUUAAUAAUUUUUAUGCAUGUGCUAUAUAUAAAUGUAUGAAUAUUUAUUAUAUAUGCAGCUGUAGGUCUACAGCUGUACUGCUUAAAGUUGGAAAUUUGAUUUUGUUGGCGAGGAAUCGUGUCUGAAAUGUGUAUUCAAUACACAUACAUUCAACUUUUUGAGUUUUACAUCAUGUUAUAAUGUUAUUCCCUCAUCAAAAACAUACUUGGAGUGUUGUCUUGAUCCAUUCAUUCAUGUUUGAGAAAUCCGUUAAUCAUUAUGAUUAAAGGAUUUGGUUGCCAUACCACAUCUGUAUGGUAUAGCAACCAUACAGAUGUGCAAGACGCCUGGGUGGACCUAGCACCACCUUUGUGGCGCAGCUCCUCUUCUGAUUGUAGUGUCCAGGCUUUGGUACAGUAUUUUGUAUUCCAGCGAAUGCAGCAUUUCCCAGGAAUAAUCUGACUGGAUCUUAAAGACAUCUGUGUUUGGCUGGUGGUUUGAUUCAUUCGCAACUAGAGAGGAGAGAACAGAGACUUAGUUGUGUGGAAGCACGAAUAAGUCUAUUCUUCAAACCUUCCACACCUUCAGCAUAUUUCAAUUAUAUUAUCUCUGACUGAGCUGCUAUGGCGAAAGAUGUCAUCUUGAACACUUUGGAAGAAUUAGGUCAGGAAGAGUUUGAGAAAUUCAAGUGGUUCCUGGAGCAACCUGAGACUCUUCCUGAACUCCCAGCAAUCAAGAAAAAACACCUGGAAGGAGCAAAAACCCUCGACAUUGUGGACUUGAUGAUGCAGAUAUACACACUUGAUCGAUGCAGGGAGAUGAUCUGCAAGAUUUUGGAAAAAAUAAACAGGAAUGACCUGCGGACAAGAUUGCCUUGCUAUAAGAAUUCAGAAAACAGGAUGUGUCUGCAGCACGAUAAACCUCUGGAGCUGUUCUGUAGGAACGACCAGACAUGCGUCUGCUUGGUCUGUCCUGUUUUAGACCACAAGAACCACGAGCUGGUUCCUCUGAGAGAAGAAUCUGAAGGAAAGAAGGCAGAGCUGAGGAAGACGGAGGCUGAAGUUCAGGAGAUGAUCCAGGAGAGACGACUGAAGAUCCAGGAGAUCAGAGAGUCGGUGAAGAUCAGUAAAGAUGCUGCAGACAGAGAGAAAGCAGAAGGUGUUCAGGUCUUCAGGGCUCUGAUAGAGUCUGCUGAGAGAGGCCUGAAGGAGCUCCUCAAGGAGAUCCAAGACAAACAGGAAACUACAGAGAAACAGGCUGAAGACUUCAUCAGAGAUCUGGAACAGGAGAUCUCUGAGCUGAAGAAGAGGAGCUCUGAGGUCAAGCAGCUCUCACAGGAUGAAGAUCACCUCCACCUCCUCCAAAGCUUCUCCCCACUGAAAGAUGUUCCACCCACCAAGACCUGGACAGAGGUCAGAGUUCAUCCACCAUCACAUGAGGGGACUGUGGUGAGAGCUGUGGCUCUGGUUGAGGAGAAAAUCAGGGAGAAGAUGAAAAUGAUGAUGGAGGUUGAGAUGAAGUUUGUCCAGCAGUUUGCAGUGGAUGUGACUCUGGAUCCUGAUACGGCUCACCACAACCUCAUCCUGUCUGAUGAUGGAAAACAGGUGAAACAUGGAGAUGUAAGGAAGAAACUUCCAGACAAUCCAGAGAGAUUUUCUACGUACGUGAAUGUUUUAGGACAGCAGAGUUUCUCUUCAGGCAGAUUUUACUUUGAGGUUCAAGUUAAAGGAAAAACAAAAUGGACUUUAGGAGUGGCCAGAGAAUCCAUCAACAGGAAGGGAAUAAUCAACCUGAAUCCUCAGAACGGUUUCUGGACUGUUGGGUUGAGAAAUGUAAAUGAGUAUGAAGUUUGUGCUGACUCUCUAGUCCGUCUCCAUCUCCAUCCUGGUCCUCAGAAGGUGGGGGUGUUUGUGGAUUAUGAGGAGGGUCUGGUCUCCUUCUAUGAUGUAGAUGCUGCAGCUCUGAUCUACUCCUUUACUGGCUGCUGCUUCAAGGAGAAACUCUACCCAUACUUUAGUCCCAGCCUUAGUGAUGGAGGUAAAAACUCUGCUCCUCUGAUCAUCUGUCCUGUUGAUCAGUCUGAUCGUUGAUCUGAUGAAAUGAUGAAGAAUCAUGUGGUUGAAGUCCUGCUGGUGGAGAAGUGAGCUUGGAAACGUCUCAGCAGGAAGUCAACAGUUCAGUUCACAGCUGGAUUAUUUGCUGCAGCUACUUCUUCUUCUGUGUUCUGCACGUUUUCAUCUUUUGAUCACAUAGAUAGAGCACAGCCCACAUAAGGAGGCCUUAGUCCUCAAUGUGGCCGUCACAUGGUCGAGUCCCAACCUGAUGACCUUUUGCCGCAUGUGUUCCUGUUUUUCAUUAUCCUCUUUCCUGUGUGGUCAGACUCUGGAGCCAACAAAAAACCUUAAAACCUUCUUUUUGCAUUUACAGAAAUAAAAAUGUAAAACUGUAA